CAUAACGUUCGUGAACAUUUUAGUUCACUUCAGCAUGAAAAGUAUCUUAUGGGUAUUGUAGUGUUUUUUUCACUAUAUUCUAUUUAUAGAAUCUAUUAUAUGAUAUCAUAAAUAUAAUUAUUGUAGCCACACAUAUACAACCUUCAAUACAAGAAAAAGAUGCAGUUGUUAUGAAUGCAUAAAUUAUUAAAAAACAUGAAUUAUUAAUAGUAAAACCACAACCUUCAGACUUCAGACGACUUCAGACUUUCAGUAUAAAUUUUACGCGCACGAGAUACAAAACUUAUUAUAUUUUACACGUACUAGCGGGUUCAACUAAACAUCUAAUCUAUGUGUGCCCAAUACCAUUAACCGAAUUUAAUGACUCACAUCAUGUUGAUGUUAUCAUGAUAUUCUGUUCUGCUUGAGAUCUCCCCCAAAAAACAAUUUUUUAUUUGGAAUUUUACUUAUAUAUAUGAACGCAAUAAUUAUAUUCAGUAGUUUUCAAUCACGCGUUCUUGUAAAAACAGAAAUAAUGGCUCGGUUAUGCAUUAGUAUAGUCAUCAGUAGUGUUGUAUUAACGUGCUGCUACGCUCAGGAGUUCUAUCCAGAUACAUACGAUAACUUUGAUGUCUUAGCUGCCCUUAAUGACGCAAAAACGCAAGAGCAAUAUUACAAAUGUUUUAUAGACGCUGGACCAUGUGUGACGGAUAGCCAAAUAUUCUUCAAAGAACAUGUUUUCCAAGCUAUACGAACUAACUGCAAAAAGUGUACUAAAAAACAGAAGGGAAUGUUGAUCAUUGCAAGAGAAUGGUAUAAGAAGAAUAAGCCUGAUCAAUGGCACGUUUUGCUUACAAUGUCUGCAAAGGCGUAAACACAAGAAUGGUCAAUAAUUGCUAAUCCUAAAUGCUGUUAAAAUCAGACUAAUCAACAAUGUGGAAUCGAAUAACGACAAUGUUAAUUAUCUAUAAAUUUAUUAUAAACUUUUAUAUUCGGUAACUUCUUUACUUGGGAAAGAAAUUUUGUUAAUAUAACUAUAUUGUCACAGAUAAUGCUUGUACAACAAUGCUAUGUUGUUAAAGUUACAAGUUACGAAAACUAAAUAGCAUUAGAAAAAUACUUUAAAUUGGAAAACAAUAAUUGUCUAAUAUUUUAUCACGUUGUACAAGAAUAUUGAUAUAAUUUGUAUCUUAAACAAAUUAUAGUAAAUAUUACUUAGAAUGUAAUAUCGCACGAUGUAAAUAGUACACUCUAAUUACUUAAUAAAGAAAUAAAAUUAA